CAGCGGCCGCCACCGAGAUGUCCCGGCGAAAGCAGAGCAAACCCCGGCAGAUCAAACGGCCGCUUGAAGAUGCCAUUGAAGAGGAAGAAGAGGAGUGUCCGUCAGAGGAAACAGAGCUCAUCUCCAAAGGGGACUUUCCGUUGGAGGAAAGCUUUUCCACAGAAUUCGGCCCUGAAAAUCUGAGCUGUGAAGAAGUGGAAUACUUUUGUAACAAAGGUGAUGAUGAAGGAAUGCAGGAGAUGGCAGAAUCAGAUGGAGACACACAAUUGGAGAAGCCAGGUCAGCCUGGAAUUGAGACUGAGGACUGGGACGGACCAGGAGAGCUGGAGGUGUUUCAAAAAGAUGGAGAACGGAAAAUUCAGAGUCGGCAGCAACUUCCAGUGGGAACAACCUGGGGGCCAUUCGCUGGGAAGAUGGACUUGAAUAAUAACUCUGUGAAGACAAAGACUCAGGUCCCAAUGGUGCUGACGGCUGGUCCCAAGUGGCUUCUGGAUGUGACUUGGCAAGGAGUGGAAGACAACAAAAACAACUGCAUUGUGUACAGCAAAGGGGGUCAGCUUUGGUGCACCACCACGAAGGCCAUCGCAGAAGGGGAAGAGCUAAUUGCCUUUGUGGUGGAUUUUGAUUCAAGGCUACAAGCUGCCAGUCAGAUGACUCUCACUGAGGGGAUGUACCCAGCACGCCUGCUGGACUCCAUUCAGCUGCUUCCCCAGCAAGCUGCCAUGGCUUCGAUUCUGCCUACGGCUAUUGUCAACAAGGACAUAUUCCCGUGCAAGUCCUGCGGCAUCUGGUACCGGAGCGAGCGCAAUCUCCAGGCCCAUUUAAUGUACUAUUGCAGCGGGAGGCAGCGGGAAGCUGUGCCCGUGUCAGAAGAAAACGAGGACAGUGGCCAUCAGGUCUCCAGCCUGUGCCCCUUCCCACAGUGCACCAAGAGCUUUUCCAACGCGCGUGCGCUGGAGAUGCACCUGAGUUCACACAGUGGUGUGAAAAUGGAAGAAUUCCUCCCCGCUGGUGCGAGUCUGAAGUGCACUGUGUGUAGCUACACGGCUGACUCCGUGAUCAACUUUCACCAGCAUCUGUUCUCCCAUCUCACUCAAACCGCCUUCCGCUGUAACCACUGCCACUUCGGCUUCCAGACUCAGAGGGAGUUACUGCAGCACCAGGAGCUCCAUGGCCCUGGCAGCAAACUUCCCAGGGACGGUGACGUGGAACACUCCCCAGGGGGGACUGAAGACAGCCUUCAGCCCCCUGUGGACCUGCUAACCAGAAGCGAACUCCCCCAGAACCACAAGUCCAUGCAGACGAAAGACGCCAGCUCUGACACAGAGCUGGACAAGUGCGAGAAAAAGACUCAGCUGUUUUUCCCUAACCAGAGACCUGAGAUCCAGCCAGGCGCAAAUAAGCAAAGCUUUUCCUAUACAAAAAUCAAGUCUGAGCCCUCUAGCCCAAGACUGGCCUCCUCUCCCGUGCAGACUAACCUCGGGCCUUCCUUCCCCGUGGGCCCUUUCCUCUCUCAGUUCGCUUUCCCCCAGGAUAUCACCAUGGUCCCCCAAGCUUCAGAGAUCUUAGCCAAGAUGUCUGAACUAGUCCAUCGACGGCUGAGGCAUGGAAGUAGUAGCUACCCCCCUGUAAUUUACAGCCCCUUGAUGCCCAAGGGGGCGACUUGUUUUGAGUGUAACAUAACGUUCAAUAAUUUGGAUAAUUAUCUAGUGCACAAAAAACACUACUGCAGCAGCCGAUGGCAGCAGAUGGCUAAGUCUCCGGAGUUCCCCGGUGUUUCUGAAAAGAUGCCUGAGGCCGUGAGUCCCAACACUGGUCAGACGUCCCUCAACCUCCUCACCCCAGCUGCUCACGCCACCGAGCCCGAGAACUCGCUGCUGCCGACACCCUGCAUCAAUUCUUCCACCGUUUUAGAUUUAAUCGGGCCAAACGGCAAGGGCCACGACAAGGACUUUGCGCCCCAAGCCAAGAAGCUCUCCACCCCCAGCAACGGUGACGAGAAAAUGAAUGGGAAACCGGUGGAUGUGAAGAACCCCAGCCUCCCCUUAGUGGAUGGGGAGAGUGACCCCAAUAAGACGACCUGCGAAGCUUGCAACAUCACCUUCAGCCGCCACGAGACGUACAUGGUCCACAAGCAGUACUACUGUGCCACGCGCCACGACCCGCCCCUGAAGCGCUCGGCCGCCAACAAAGUGCCUGCGCUGCAGCGCACCAUGCGCACGCGCAAGCGGAGGAAGAUGUACGAGAUGUGCCUGCCGGAGCCGGAGCACAGGCCUCCGCUGGGGCCGCAGCGCUUCCUCGACGCCGCCAGCCUUGCCAACCCAUGCACCUCCACCCAGGAGCCCGCCGAAGCGCUGGCCGAGUGCUACCACCCUCGGUGUGACAUCUUCCCCGGCCUCGUCUCCAAGCACUUGGACGCGUCCCUGCCUCUCAACAAGUGCGGGCCGCUUUCCAAAUGCGAGACCACUCAUGCCAGCGCUUCGUGCCUGGAGAUGGACGCACCCAUCGAUCUCAGCAAAAAGUGUCUCUCCCAGGCCGAGCGCACGACCGCGUCGCCCAAAAGGCUGCUGGACUACCACGAGUGCACCGUGUGCAAGAUCAGCUUCAACAAGGUGGAGAACUACCUGGCCCACAAGCAGAAUUUCUGCCCGGUCACCGCGCAUCAGCGCAGUGACCUGGGCCCGCUCGACGGCAAGGUGUUCCCCAAUCCGGAAAGCGAACGAAGCAGCCCUGACAGCAGCUAUGAGCGGGGCAUCAUCAAAUGUGAGAAAAACGGCAAUCUGAAGCAGCCUUCCCCCAAUGGCAACCUCUUCUCCUCCCACCUGGCGACGCUGCAAGGCCUCAAGGUCUUCAGUGAAGCCGCGCAGCUGAUUGCCACGAAAGAAGAAAACAAACAUUUGUUUCUUCCCCAAUGCCUUUAUCCUGGAGCAAUAAAGAAAGCAAAGGGGGCUGAUCAGCUUUCGCCGUAUUAUGGAAUAAAGCCAAGCGAUUAUAUUUCUGGUUCUCUGGUCAUUCAGAACACUGACACAGAGCCAAGCACAAAUGCUGAAAAUGAAUCUCCGAAAGGCCAGGCUUCCUCCAAUGGGUGUGCGCUGCAGAAGAAAGAGUCUCUGCCGCUGUUGCCCAAAAACAGAGGGAUGGUCAUCGUGAAUGGGGGACUGAAACAAGACGAGAGGCCUCCGCCCAACCCGCAGCAAGAGAACAUUGCCCAGAACCCACAGCAUGAAGACGGGCACAAGUCUCCGACCAGGGUGCCUGACAACCCAUUAGCUGCAAACGAGAAUGUCUCCCCAGGCGUCCCCUCUGCCGAUGAACAGUUGUCUAGUAUAGCGAAAGGCGUGAAUGGUACCACCCAGACGCCAACCAGUGGGAAAUACUGCCGGCUGUGUGAUAUCCAGUUCAACAACCUUUCAAACUUUAUAACUCACAAGAAGUUUUAUUGCUCGUCACAUGCUGCAGAGCACGUCAAAUGAAAUAGCCAAGCCGAGAAACUUCCCUCACCGUUGGUACCAGUGUUUAGUAUGUGGUUCUACCCGGUCCAGAAACAAGAAGUUAAAAAACAAACAAAAGGCAAAAAGCUGUUGGAAUUUGCAACUAGGCAAUCAGGAGAGAAUUCAUUCUGGCUGAGUUGAAGACUUAAGGUGUAAUUUCAUUACAGUUCAUUAGUAAAGUGUAUUAUGGGUGCCAUUUAAAAAAAUUAAUUUAUUUUACCAGCAGUAUUCAUAGCUGUGGUUAUGUUAUUUUUUAUUUAAAACUUUAUAUUAAAGUCAUUUGUAAUGUUAUUGUAUAGUUAUUGUGUAGCACAUAUGGUUUGCAAUGUAUAGUAGCUUUUAAAGGAAAUAGUCACAAAUACAGAAGAGCAUUUUAGAAAUAGCUUCAAAAGCACUUGUGUAUCUUGAUUUUUUUCUUAUAUGCUGUUGCAGAUAUACGUAUAUGCUAAAAUAUAACUUGCAAAGAUGUUCUAAGUACACAUGCUAUAAGUUCGCCUUAAGAUUUAAAUUCUUGGAUAAUCAGGCUCGGUUUGCACUUUAUAUUUUAGCAGAUACAGUUUCUUAGUGACUAGGCUUUGCAUUUGUAUGUAGCAGUACGUUCUGUCCAUUUUCUUAAACUUAAACAUGUAUGUUAAAUGAAGAUGGCGAUUUUUUUCUUGUAUAGUACUUGUAUUUUCUUUCGCUGAUGCAGCUCUCUCAAUUUUUAAACCUUUGCUGUUAAAUGCAAUACUUUAUAAAGAAUGAACAAAAUUACUGGAAGCAGUAUUGUAAGUAAUGAGGUAGUAGGAAUCAGUUUUAUCUUUUGAAAGGCACAGUCUAAAAUUGAAACCCUAAACUCAAUGCUGCAAGUAUGAAUUUAAUUCAUAUAUAAGAUCUAUUUAAAUAUAAGAGUAGCAAUACUGCACCUGGUGAUCACAAAGAUAAUGUUCUACUUCUGAUAGAAAUAAUUUCUCAACAAAUGUUGUUACUAUGCAUGUAUAUGGAUGGAAUAAAAUUCCAGAUUGUUGGAGAA